CCCCCCCAAUAAUUCAUCUACUUUUAACUGCCUCCCAAAUUUCAAGGAAAUUGCAAUGCUUUCCAGCUUCCACACCAAAAAGUAGAGCUGAAUGUUCCUCUUUUAUCAACACAUAAAUUUCACAAUAUGCAAUGCUUUGAUUGAUUCUCAAUUUCCUUUAUUCGGUUUCAAGGUGUCUACUACCUUCUAUUCUUACAUACACUUGCCUCCUUUUCCAUCUCAUUCCUCUAAUGGAAAAGCUUCAAAACCUCCUCCUCCAGUUGUUGAUGCUUCUUCCCCUUUCAUCACCUUACACACUUCCAAAUAAGUACUUCAUCAAUUGUGGAUCAAAUUCUAACGUCUCAAGCAGCGGAGGUCGAAACUUUGUCGGUGACUUGAAUUCCGGUGUUUCCUUCUUUGUAGGGCAAAGCAGCCCUGUCCCUCAUGCAAAUCCUUCUUCAUCUCAACUCUAUCAAUCCGCAAGAAUCUAUCGACGCCCUUCCUUUUACGAGUUUGCAAUUAAUGAUAACGGCACCUACUUUGUACGUCUCCAUUUCUUUGUUUCUUCAUCUGAUUCUAAUCUAGCCACAGCUAAAUUUAAUGUCUCAGCUUCAGGAUUUUGGCUAUUAUCAAACUUUACUCUCAAGAACAGUAUUAGUUCACCUGUCAUCAAAGACUUUUUGGUCACCAUCAAUGUAGAAAGAUUUAGGAUCUACUUCAUACCUUCCCAAGGAUCAAACUUGGCUUUCGUAAACGCCAUCGAAGUCUUUCUUGCCCCUGAGGAUUUCAUCCCCGAUAUCGCUUCUCGUGUUACUCCUACAGGAAUUAGAAAUUCUUUUGAUGGUUUGCCUUCUCAGGUGUUGCAUACACUCUUUAGGAUUAAUGUUGGAGGGCUUACCCUCACACCAGCAAAUGAUACAUUGUGGAGGAACUGGAUUCCGGAUGAUAGUUUCUUGCUUAAUCCAAUGGCUGCAAGGAAUAGUAGCUUCUUCUCUGAUUCACCUAAAUAUCAAGAAGGAGGAGCCACUAAAUAUACUGCCCCAGACCCUGUGUAUAGGACUGCAAAAGAAAUGAAUAUAGAUGAGAGCAGACAACUAAAUUUCUUUAAUGUUACAUGGAGUUUUAAUGUGAGCAAGAGUUCUAGUCACUUUGUUCGGGUCCACUUUUGUGACAUAAUUAGUGUAUCUCUUAAUGAUAUAAUAUUCGAUCUCUAUAUCUACAACAAGUUUAGUGAGAGAAUUAAUCCAUAUGAUAAAAUGGGUCAGUUAGCUGCUCCAUUUUACUAUGAUUUUGUGGUUGAUUCUGAUGAGUCCGGAAUCAUGAACAUAAGUAUACGGCCUCUGUUGGAUUCUCGAAAUCAAACUGCAUUCCUGAAUGGGCUGGAGAUAAUGGAGUUAAUGAAGAAAUCGGAUUUUGUUUCGUGGCCAGAGAAGCCUGAAAGUAAUAGGACUAGUCUGUUUGCUAUAGUUGGCUCCAUUGGUGGGGGUUCAUUUGUUAUUAUUUUGGUAGCAAUAGUGCUUCUGAGUUUGAAAAGGAGAAAAGCAAAGCCUGGACAAUCUUCAAAUUGGCCUUUCUCUGGGCCUUUCUAUGCAAGGAGCAGUUCUUACAAUAGAAUGCCUGAAAAGACUUCCAAUAUGUUGCCUUCUAAUUUAAACCUUGCUUUGAGAUUAUCAUAUCAUGAAAUUGAGCAAUCGACCAAGAACUUCGAUUCUAACUUGGUGAUUGGGGAGGGUGGAUUCGGAAAAGUCUAUCAAGGAAUGUUUCGUGGCAUGAAAGUGGCUGUGAAAAGGAGUGAACCAGGACAUGGCCAAGGCUUUCUAGAGUUCCAAACUGAGAUAGUGGUCUUAUCUCAAAUUCGCCACCGUCAUCUUGUUUCCUUAAUUGGAUAUUGUGAUGAAAGAUUUGAAAUGAUACUAGUCUAUGAAUUCAUGGAGAAAGGAACUCUUAGAGAUCAUCUCUAUUAUUCAACUGUCGAUCUUGAGAAAUCAUACAGUGCACGUUCUGAAUUAUCUUGGAAGCAAAGACUAGAAAUUUGCAUCGGUGCAGCUAAAGGCCUUAAUUACUUGCACACAGGUGCAGCUGAAGGAAUCAUUCACCGUGAUGUUAAGUCAACAAACAUCUUGCUUGAUGAACAGCUUGUGGCCAAAGUUGCUGAUUUCGGUCUUUCAAAAUCAAGCAUUCCUAAUGUAGAACAAAGCGUCGAUGUAAAAGGUACCUUUGGUUAUCUUGACCCUGAAUAUUUUAUGUCUCUACAGUUGACAGAUAAAUCCGAUGUGUAUUCUUUCGGAGUUGUACUCCUAGAAGUCCUUUGUGCUAGGCCAGCAGUCAUCAACUCGAGCAGGAGGGAGGAAGUGAACUUAGCUGAAUGGGGAAUGCAUUGGCUGAAGAAAGGUCAACUUGAGAAUAUUAUUGAUCCAAUGCUAGUGGAUACUAUUAAUCCCAACUCAUUUAGGAGGUUUGCUGAAACAACAAAGAAGUGUUUAAAGGUUUAUGGUAGUGAAAGGCCAAUCAUGCGUGAUGUUUUGUGGGACUUGGAAUAUGCAUUACAGCUUCAGCUUACUCCAAUCAACAGAGGCCCACUUGAAGAUAGUAUAACCAAUGCUUCAUUGGAAUUUUCGAUGCCUGUUCUCCAUCGAUUACCGUCCAAUAGCUUUCCAGCUGUUGAUGAAGACAACACUACUCUAGUAUUUGAUGAUACUUCAGAUGUAACUGCUAGUGAAGUAUUCACGGAAUUGAGGAUUGGUGAUUCUAGAUAAUCUCAGUCGAAACCUUUUUGAAAUUGACUCUUUAUUUAAAAAAAAAUGAAAAUGAAAAUGGGAGUCGCCACCAAUCCUUUUUUAUGAGGUAUGAUCGGAUCACCUCGUAAUUUGAUCUUUUUAAUAAAAUGUUUGAUUUAUUAAAACAA